CAAAAUUUCCUUGUGUUUUGUAAAGAAAAAAAUGAUGAAAUUAGAUUAAUAUAAAUAGUUCGCAGAUCCCUCGCAGUCUAUCAUACUACUCCCAUCCAUUGGUGUAAAUAAAAAGAAAAAGAAGAAGAUAAUGGUAGAUAUCGUAGUAAUCUCUGACACCAUUGUUCGACCAGAGAGCUACGAGGAUGGAUCGGACCGGGCUAAGACGAUCCAUCUCACUCCAUGGGACCUCUCCUUCCUUCGAACCGAAUACGCUCAAAGAGCUCUCAUCUUUCCUAAACCCGACCCGGAGACCCACAUGAUCUCUCAGCUGAAGUCUUCUCUUUCAGCCGCAUUGAAGAUAUUCUAUCCAUACGCGGGACGUCUAGUCAAGACCCACAACGAAGACGACGAAACGGCGUCGUUUUUCAUAGAUUGCGAUGGCUCGGGAGUCAGAUUCGUGCACGCAGCGGCCGUGACUGUCUCGGUGAGUGAUGUCUUAAGACCGGACAAUGAUUACUGGAGCGAGUUUUUUCCAGCGAACGGAGUUAAAAGCUGGGAAGGGGUUUCGAAGCCGUUGCUUGCGUUCCAAGUAACGGAGUUAAAAGACGGAGUUAUCAUCGGGUUUGGUUAUAACCAUCUCGUUACAGACGGAGCUUCGGUCUGGAGUUUUUUCAAAACCUGGACGGAGAUUUUCUCUACCGGCCGGAAAGAGUUUCCUCCCUUGUCACUCUGUGGAUGGUUUCUCGGCGGGAUUGGUUAUCCGGUUCGAGUCCCCAUCUCAGAGACGGUCCCAUCACCAUCACCAUCACAUGGGCUUGUUGCUGCUUCAACGUUACAAAAGAAGAUCUUUCGGUUCACGAGUAGACACGUCUCUGAGCUUAAAGCUAAAGCCAACGGCGAGGUUGGUGGUUCCGAUAAUGUCUCGUCGUUUCAAGCCGUGUUGGGGCACACGUGGCGGUCGAUAAUCAGAAACAGUGGUCUCGGUCCGGAAGAAGUGAUUCAUUGCAAGUUGGCGAUGGAUAUUAGACAGAGGCUAAACCCUCCGGUCGAGAAAGAGUGUUUUGGAAACAUGGUCGGACUAGCGACGACCACCACAACCGCGGGAGACAUGGUUGGUAAUGGCCUGGGCUGGGCUGCUUUGCAAAUAAACAAAACCGUGGGGGCGCAGACGAAUGAAGAAUUAAGACGGUUUGCUGAGGACUGGGUGAAGGAUCCGAAAAUACCGAACCGUUUGGUGGUGAAUAAUUCGCUCACUGUUGCCGGCUCCCCACGGUUCGAUGUGUUCGGAAAUGAUUUCGGUUGGGGGAAACCGAUUGCGGUUCGAGGCGGACCGGGAAUUGCUGGCCAUGGUAAAAUCCUUGCGUACCCGGGAACUGAAAAAGGAAGCACGGAGAUUCAUACGUCGUUGUGGUCUCACGUUUUGGACAAGUUAUUGGCUGAUGAAGAGUUUUUACAGCAUGUCGAUGUCGUCGUAUGUGUUUAAUGUAAUUCGUUUUAUGUGAGCAGAGGAAGUAGAGUUUGAUGAUAUAGUCCCUGCGUAAGUCAACUAGAGCCAAGACUCUUACAAGGAGAUAAGUGGACUAAGAAGAAGUAUUUCAUUUUAGUUAUUCAAUAAGAGAGGACGUAGUUCUCCACUUUGCAUGCGUUCCCGUUUUGUAGGAAGUUGAGUACUUCCACUUUCCCUUAUUUUUUUGCUAUUUAAGUUAAUGAGAAAAACAUUAAAAAGUAGACUUA